AACACGAGGACAACAAGCAGCAUGGCGGGGGAGACACUUUCAUUCGAACAAGCGUUCACCUUCAAUCUGCUUUCCACCAAAAAGUUUACGUUUCAGCAAGAUCCUAAGAUAUCAAGACUCCUGAUGAAAUGGUCCAUGUUGGGUCGAAUUACCACCCAGGCCUUCAAUUUUGACCAAUUUUUCCAGCCUUAUAGGAGCAAUGACUUCGCCUGGAAUUUCUUUCAAGAUCCCUGCGUGAAGAACAAUUUAAAGGUACUUGAUUCCUCUGGAUCAUGGUCACUGCUGGGUAGAGACAUCACACAUGUAAAUGUGGAAGUUGUUCAAUGCACAAAAGUGUCAGUGGACAUAUUCGAUCCAAUUUACUCAAAUGGAAUUUUGCGUCCUUCCGGCCACAUUGUCAAAUGUUACCAUGAAAUAUACCCCGACUUUGAUGAGUUACGGAUGCUUUUGCUUGAAGAAGACUCUGACAAUUAUCAUAUAAUCAGUCCAAGUGAUCGGAAGGAGUUUUUCUUCAGACUGUUCAAGCAUAUGGUCUUAGGGGGUGAACUUUGCCAAUAUGAGGAUGUCAUUGAUCCUUACACUGAGACAGCAAAAAUGAUAUACAAAGACUUGGUCAGCGUUCAGAAGGAUCCAGAUACAAAAGAGAUCAGUGUGGUCACAACAAUCCUGAAAGUUUCUGCUCACGAUCACGGUGGACUGUGCUACCCAUCUGCAACAGAAAAUGAGCAGACAUUUGCUUACCUCUGUAUUGAUCCAUUUAAAAGACAUGUGUAUGUUCUAUACCAUUCAUUUGGUAUAGGGGACUUUUCAGGAAACUAAGUGACCUCGAUCUAGGUCUACAUAAAAACACUGAGAUAUUAUUUUUUAGGAAAUACACAUUUUUCAUCUAUAACCUUAUUUUAUUAGUGGUAUAAGAACAUUUAUUAAAUGAAUAGAUC